AUGGCGCCCGCCCGGCGCGCGUGGGGCUGGGGGCGCCGGGGCGCCGAGCGCGCGCCGCUGGCCAAGCCCGCGGUCGCCGAGCACACGCUCUCGGAGUUGCUGGAAAGUUGUCAGGAGCUAGGGCGGCGCGCUGAUUGGCCGCGGUGGCCGGGGGCAGGACAAGUUCUGGGGCCUUCGCCGGCCGCCCCCGCCCCCCGGCGCGGCACUUUCAGUUUUGCCUCCCCCUUCGGCCCCGGCGCGGAGGGCAUCCCGGGGGCCGGGUCCUCGCCCGCCGCCCGCGCCCCCACCCCGAACGCAGGGCACUCUCAGGCCGCCCCGAGCCCUAGGCCCAGCCAAGCCUGGCUUUGUCUGAGCCUUAACGUAGAGAUCGGCCCCCACUGGGCUUUGGAGGGUUCUCUCUCUGGGCGUGGGGGGGCUCGAGAGGCGAGUCCAGCCCCAGAUGCGCUCUCCGAAGAUGAGGACGCAGCCAGGAGCCUCCUCGACCUGCGCAGGGGUCUCGGUGCCCCGACCGCCAGUGUAAGGACAGUCGGGACCCCCUGGAGACGCCCGUGCCCAAGGACAUGCCGCCAAGAUCCGUGGAGAUGCCACCCUUCGGCCAGCGUGCCUGUCGGGGACCAUUUCUCACCCUGGCUUAAUGGGGAGCCCCGGCCCCGACGCCCUUCCCAAACCUUCCUUCUAACUGCUUUAAAACAACGCCACAGCGAGCCUCUGCGGGAGCGCCCGGUGCCCGCCGCGCCCGCCUGGCUGGCCCUGCCCGGGUUGCUGGGCGCGGGUUGGGGCGUCUGCCGGCCCGCCUUGUCCGGCCCCAGCCUCUGCGCUCCGCCUUCGCUUCGCGGGUCAGCAGAGGACGGAGGGCGCUCCGGGAGCUACACGAGGCUGCCCCGGGCCCAGCCUCCGCUGCGCUGGCCGCCCGCGGGCAGCUCCGAGCAGGAGGCGCAGGGUGGCUGGAGUGUGGGGCCCGGCCUCCGUGAGCGACACCACGGACCCCGGCCCCGGGCCAUCUGGACGCCGAGCGCGAGCGCGUUUGAAGUGGUUCGGGGUCUCUUUGUUCGCCAGGCCGCUCUGGCUCUGGGCCUGGAGGUGUUUACGGCUUUGAUGCCUUUGAACCUAUUCCCAGGUGACCCGGGCUCAAUUAGGCCCCGGCCUGAGCCGGGCUGUCAGGCAAGCGGCGUGAUCAAGGGCGGGCUGGGCCCUUUUAUUGAAGUUGAACCCUAGGCCGGGGAGUGCUCGGCCUCCGCUGCUCCUCCCGCCGGCCAGGCGGGCCGCGAGGUGGGGCCCGCGGGCCACGACCACCGCGUUGGGAAACCCGAGGACUGCAAAGAGCGGGCCCUUCGCGCCCCUGUCCGAGGGCCCUGGCUCCGGCCGUUCUAG